CUCGGAGGCAGUGAGCGGCGAGCUCUCCCCUGAUAUAAAGCCCAGCAAGACCUGCCCUCCUAUCCUCCUCUCCUUCGUCCGCAUCUAGUCACGUCAUGGCCUCCACGUACGACCCAGAUGCUGGCUCCGAGCACGUCUUCAAUCGGCAGUUCCACCUUUGCGAGUAUCUGGAGAACAACUACAGCACUGGGGAUCUCAUCAAGACCUGUCCCGAUUGCUCUCGCUUUUUCGUCGUUUGCUGCCAACACAGUGAACAUAGGAGACCGCUGCCUUGCCAUCGCUACCGGCUGGUAUUCACGGACGGUGCAUGCCUUUCGAAUGGCCAGACGGCGGCGACAUCCGGCCUUGGCGCCGCUAUCGGCCAGGAGUCCUAUCAACAGUCCUCCGUUCCCGUGGACAAUACAGUUGAUCCGGGCGCCAAGAGGUCUAGUCAGCGUGCAGAGCUGCUCGCUGCCAUCGAGGGACUGCGAUUGCUGGAAUUUGUCGAGGGCCCCGGAGACGCGCAUCAUCGUCUCUACAACCGCCACGGGAAGCCAGGAGAUGAAUCCACCGUCUCGUAUAAUAACUGGAUUAUCACGACGGACUCGAAGUACGUGGUGGAUGGUAUAACGGACUGGCUGCCGAAUAAGUGGAAGCCUAACGGAAUGCGCACAUUCGAUUACCGCACUCCCGCCAAUCUCGACCUCUUCCUGACGCUUCACAGAGAUAUCAACAACCUGGAGCGCCAGCGUGACGUCCGCAUUGGCUUCUGGCAUGUCCCGCGCCAGCACAACGCCAUCGCCGACCGCCUGGCUAAGGACGCUGCUAAGCGUGCCCCUGCCGCUUCUCCCCUUCGCAGCCCGAACGUCGCCUUCUGAGUGACCCCGUUUCGACACGUAUGAAACUUGAAGCUUUUUAUUGAAUCAAUGAACUGAAAAGCUACCAUUAUCAACUACUUUAAACUCCAUCCCUGCCUGGGCAGCAAGUAUUGACCAAGGAAACGUUUAAGGAACCAGCGCGCUCGUGGGCUGUGUGGCUGGGACCCUCGUGUUAAUGUCGAGCAGUCUCCCAUUAAUCAAUAAACUAUUCUCUGCUCUGCCGAUACGAAGGCAGGCGAUAUGCGACUAA